GUUUAAUGUCAGUCGUUUUUUUUAAGUUGUAAUUUUUGUAACCUCUAAUUUACUUUAAGAAUCAAACUUCUAAAUAAAAAAAAAUGGCUCAUACAAUCCUCUUGGUCCAACCUGGAUCAAACCCAGCAACAAGAACCUACUCAGAUUACGAAUCCGUCAAUGAGUGUAUGGAGGGAGUGUGCAAGAUCUAUGAAGAGCAUCUGAAAAGGCUCAACCCAAACACACCAAUCAUCACUUACGAUAUCUCUCAGCUAUUCGACUUUGUGGAUCAGCUCUCUGAUCUGAGUUGCCUGGUUUACCAGAAGUCCACAAAUACAUAUGCCCCAUACAACAAAGACUGGAUCAAAGAGAAAAUCUACAUACUACUUCGACAAGCAGCCGGUUAGCAAAGAACCUCUGACGAUAACAAAAAAACCAAAUGUAUUCAUAAAAAAAAAUAACAAUGAAGAGAUAAACCUUUAUUUUAAAGAGUUUAUUUGUUUAAGUAUCUGACUCUAUAAUAAACUAUUUUUAAGUUA